AUGCAGUUCCCUCGCUUCUGGACAACGACGACGGCAGACUCGAGGGGAAGUGACAGUGACAAGACGGUCGACGAGAGCUCCCGCACACUCCACCAGCAGCAGCAACGACACUUGCCCGAGUGCGCCAAGCCUGUCAAACCCGUCGCGUCCAGCGCCCAGCCGGAUGCCUUUAGUCUUCCAACGCCAAUCUCCCCAAAGAGGCGGCGACCUAGUUUUGUCGACGCUGGUGUCGCCGCUGCUUCCGCUGAUCCUGCUUCCAACCUCGCGGCUUACCCGCCUGCUAAGCGCGCAAGGUCAGAACGGGCUCAGAAUGGGGGCUUGCCCUCGCCGACAUCUGCUUCGGCAUCUGCUGCAUCGUUCGCAUCUGCGUCCUCGUCUGCUGCUGCCUCAGUCACCAGUGAAGACGCAACCAUGUUGCCCAGCGCCAGCCUGACUCGUGCUCGUGAUAUUGAGGCUGCUAAGGAUGUUAUUCAGUUCCAGUUUGGUCUCGAAAUCCUUGAGAGACAUAAUGAACUCCGCCUCAUAGAACAGGAGCUGGCUAAGUGCCAAAUUGCCCUCGAGCAACUCCGCCGCUGCCACCUGAUUCCCUAUCCCGUGGAAUGCCCGACGCCCGCGCAAAUGCUGGAAAUCAGCAGCGGCAAAGGCCCUGCUUUGCAGCGCGAGCCUGGAAAGCCCGUGCCGAAGUGGGCGCCGCCGUUUGGUGUCGUCGAGGGCCCUUAUGCACGCCACUAUGCCAAGUGGUUGAUUCCUGAUCCCAUGUUUGACGGCAUCCAGCUCGAAGUCGCCGAGGCAGGCCGGGCCAGGGGCGGCGUCGCCGUCGAAGGUAGGACGACGAGAAGCAGCACAUCUGAGCUAGGAGGAAGAUCCCGUUCUGCUCGUAGUAGCGCCGGGCAGAGGCUGCAUUCCCUCUCAAGUGGGUAUCCGCAGCCCAAGGACAAGAACUCUCCUUGCAUUGUCAGGAGGUCCGAUGGCGUCACCGUCAAGCUUAUCUGCAUUGACUGCCACAGGUGGGAUUUCUCGAGCACACAGGGCUUUAUCAAUCACUGCCGCAUUGCCCACAGGAGGGAUUUCAAAAGCCAUGAGGAGGCCGCCAUUCACUGCGGACACCCUAUCGAGGUUGACGAGACUGGCGCGAUUGUCGGCGACAAGAGCAAGCCAGCCAGCACCGCACCGGCGCCUACCAAUUCCUCCGGCUUGGUGCAUCCCCUGGCGCGCGCCGAACCGCUUUCCGAUCACCAGGCCUACCAGGCUCUGCUGUCUCGUAUCAAGGCGUCCCUGGAGAUGUUCGAGCAGGGGAAAUUGCCCAAUGUCAAGAGUGUGCCGGGUGUAUCGGCCUCUUCGCAGCGGGCAUCUACCUCGAGUUGUGGCGGUAAAGCAUCGUCUUCCAAGCCGAAACAUUUUGUUGGCUCUUCGCAAGUCCCAUAUCUGUCACAACUGAUGCAGAAGAAGGGGAUGACUGGGAAUCUGAGUGAGCAGGUAGCUGAGGCUAAGGCGCCCAUCGAGUUGGAUAUGUACUCAGCCGGUGAGGAGGAGUCAGAAGCCGAUCAGCCAACCCCGACGGCUUCUGCGCCAGCAGCUGAUCAUCCCGCGACAGCGACACGGAUGCCGGCGAGGUCGAACUCGGCAGCUCCAUCAACCGGUCCCGAGCACCCGCCGAAGAAGAAUCACACUGCUCCAUCUGCAGCCCCGGCGCCGAUCGAGGAGGAACCUGCGGAGGAGGCGGCUGCUUCAACUCCCGAGGUAAACCCCGACACGCCCAUGUACGACAACGACGAGGACGAUAUGGCAGCCAUGGACAUGAGCCCCAACACGAUGACGAGCAACAACGCGCCGUCCCUGGUUAGUGACGAUGGCGAGUAUGACGACUCGUCCGACGAGGGUUCCGCCGAAUCAGACGCAAGCGACGAAGAGGCCGCUCUGAAUGACGAUGAGGACGUCUCGGAUAUUGCCGAGAUUAGUAUCGACGACGAUGGCGAUGCUCGCGUCCAGACUCGCACCAUGACGCGUCGGCGACCGAGGAAGGAGUCGACCUCCGCCGCGGCGGUGACUAAGCUCAAGAAAGACGAGGGCAAGCACGUCACAUUUGUGGCUCCUACGCCGCCGGUCAGGCCGGCGAAGAGGGCAAGGAGAAAGAAGACAUGA